AUGGCGCAGAUAGAAAAUCACCUGGACAGAGACAGGUUCUGCUGUUCGAUCUGUCUGGAUCUACUGACGGAUCCGGUGACUGCUGGCUGUGGACACAGCUACUGUAAGAGCUGUAUUAACACCCACUGGGAAAAAGGGGAGGAGAGUGGAAGCUACCGCUGCCCUCAGUGUAGACACACAUUCACACCGAGGCCUGUCCUGGGGAAAAACACCAUGUUAGCUUAUUUAGUGGACGAGCUGAGGAAGACUGGACUCCAAGCUGCUCCUGCUGAUCACUGCUAUGCUGGACCUGGAGAUGCGGCCUGUGAUGUCUGCACUGGGAGAAAACUGAAAGCUCUCAAGUCCUGUUUGGUUUGUUUGGCCUCUUAUUGUGAAAAACACCUCCAGCCUCAUCUUCAGUCAGCUCCAUUGAAGAAGCACAAGCUGGUGGAGCCCUCGGAGAAGCUCCAGGAGAACAUCUGCUCUCGUCACGACGAGGUGAUGAAGAUGUUCUGCCGCACUGAUCAGCAGUGUAUCUGUUAUCUCUGCUCUGUGGAUGAACAUAAAGACCACGACACAGUUACAGCUGCAGCAGAAAGGACUGAGAGGCAGAGAGAGCUCUGGCUGAGGAGACAAACAAUCCAGCAGAGGAUCCAGGACACAGAGAAAGACAUGAAGCUGCUUCAACAGGAGGAGAAGGCCGUCAAUGGCUCUGCUGAUAAAGCAGUGGAGGACAGUGAGGAGAUCUUCAAUGAGCUGAUCUGUGUGCUAGAGAAAAGAAGCUCUGAUGUGAAGCAGCAGAUCAGAUCCCGGCAGGAAACUGAAGUGAGUCGAGUCAGAGAGCUUCAGGAGAGACUGGAGCAGGAGAUCACUGAGCUGAAGAGGAAAGAUAAUGAACUAAAGCAGCUCUCAGACACAGAGGAUCACAACCAGUUUCUACACAGCUACCCCUCACUGUCACCACUCAGUGAAUCUACACACUCAUCCAGCUUCAGGAUCCGUCCUCUGAAGUACUUUGAGGACGUGACAGCAGCUGUGUCUCAGGUCAGAGGUCGACUACAGGACAUUCUGAGUGAGACAGAGACAGAGAUUUUACAGAUUGUGUCUCAAGUGGAUGUCUUACUGCGACAACCAGAGCCAGAGACCAGAGCUGACUUCUUAAGAUAUUCACAGGAAAUCACACUGGAUCCAAACACAGCAAACAGACAGCUGUUAUUAUCUGAGGGAAACAGAAAAGUAACAGUAAUGAGAGAAGAACAGUCUUAUUCUGAUCACCCAGACAGAUUCACUGUUUGGCCUCAGGUCCUGAGUAGAGAGAGUCUGACUGGACGUUGUUACUGGGAGGUGGAGGUGGAGGUGGAGGUGAUUGGAAGAGUUGAUGUAGCAGUCACAUACAAGAAUAUCAGCAUAGCAGGAGACUCAUGGGAAUGUGGAUUUGGAUCAAAUGAUAAAUCUUGGUCGUUAUAUUGUUAUGUAAACAGUUAUAACUUGUAUUACAACAACAUCAACACUCCAGUGUCAGGUCCUCGGUCCUCCAGAGUAGGAGUGUACCUGGAUCACAGUGCAGGUGUUCUGUCCUUCUACAGUGUCUCUGACACCAUGACUCUCCUCCACAGAGUCCAGACCACAUUCACUCAGCCUCUCUAUGCUGGAGUUAGUGUUUAUUAUGGAUCCACAGCUAAGUUCUGUAAACUCAAAAAGACUUGAGUCAUUAAAAGCAGUGAUUUAGAUUCUGUCUGUAAAUCUUUAACUUAUUUUGUCUCCAUGUUUGUUGACCAAAGUUCGUCAUGGUGACGUUUCUGCUCCGCACAGAGAUCAGCUGUCAAUCAAACACUGACCUUCCUUUAUCACACAUAUUUAGUUCUCAGUUUGUAAAAACAGAAAUCUAUAAUUACAGUGACAUGAAUGUGUUUGAAAGAACUAAUGUUGCUGUUGUUUUCUGAAUCAAUGUAGAAAUCAGGUUGUGUGAUGUUUUAGAACCUGUGUCGAUCCUGAUCCUCAUCUACGAGCUGAUUAUUUGUUCUUUUCUUUUCCACAUGUGAGAUGGAGGUGAAACAAACUGAUUGUGUGUCCAUGAACUCACUGAACAAGAGUCACUGAACAGACUUUACUGAAAUCAGUUCAUCUUUGAGUCCGAGUGUUCGUGUUCAUAAUAAUAUGAUGUGCAGAUGGACAAACUGAAAACAUACUUCCACUGGCCACUAGGUGUCUAAGGCGAGGAGAAAAUGAUGUGACAUUAUUGUCGGAGGAGAAAAAACCUGCUGCUCCAAAAUCCUCUGGAAUUUAUUACAGUUCAAAACUAUUCAUCAGUUAAAAAGUGUAAAAGUGUAUCUGUUAAUAUAAAAAAUACCUAUACAAACUAUAAGAGCUUACAGUAUACAGUUUGUAUUAUGUGUUAAAGGGGACAUAUUAUGACCAUUUUACCACAGUUGAUAUGGUUCUUUGGGGUCUUAAUGAAAUGUAACAUUUUGAUGAAAAUACCACAAGGAUCAUUUAAAACAGCACCCUCUUUACCCUGUCUAAAACAGGCCUCCUCAGAUUGACCUGUUUUGAGGAAUGGGUUUAUAUUUAUGUUUUGUUAUGACUUGUGUUCAGUUAAGACACCGUGUUAAAGGAGUAUUGAGGUGUCCUGAGGGUCAGUGAACAGGUCGGGGUUGGGCAUGUGACAGUUCUAGACCAAUGGGGUGGGGUUGUGUGGUAUGACAAGUUCUCAUUGGCUGGUUUGUUGGGGGUCAGGGGUGAAUGAGGAAAGAAGUGUGGAAGACGGUUGUUGAUGUGAGGAGUGUCGGAGAAGGAAC